AUGAUCGGCAGUCUAUUCUUCAUCUUGAACCGCAUGGCGGAGAUCUUUUUCCUGAUUCCCAUCAUUGGCAUGCUGGUACGUUAUUUCCCGCAUACCAGAACGUGCCAGUCGCACAUGGAUUUACUAAACCGCUUCGGCAUCACACAGGCUUACUUUGUCAAUGGCUUCGUUAAAGACAACAUGAUCACACCCGCCUACAUCCUUGUACUAUUCAUAGUCAGUGUAGUAGCCGUCUUCUGGGCCCUUGAUACCCUCAUUCGCUACUCAUCAACUAAGCGCUCAGCCAUCUUCGUCGCCUUCGUGGACUUGUGUUUCAUGGGCGGAUUCAUCGCUGGAGUCUACGAGCUCGGAUUCAUCGCAAAUGCAAACUGCGCAAACUGGUCUGGCGGCAUCUACUGGACCUCCCUCGGCCCAUUUGGCGAGUACGGCCAGAGAAUCGACAACAACCUGCACCUAGAAAUCAACAAGACAUGCGCAAUGCUGAAGGCCUCGUUUGCUCUUGGCAUUAUGGAAAUUGUCUUCUUCUUCUUCACUGCGCUGUUGGCUCUAUUUUUGCAUUCGCGUCAUCAGCGCGAUGUUGUUGUUAAGGAAACUGUCGUCCGGAGACGCAGCCAUAGCAGCCAUCACGGCCGUGGUCGUGGUCACUCUGCAAGCUCGCACCAUACUCGUCACCGUAGCUCUAGCCGGCGGCCGAGCUAUGUUUGA